AUGGCGGCUACUACUUUGACGAGGAUGAUGAAGAAAACUAUAUCGCCUUCAGUAAUCCCACUAGUAAAUAGGAGAACUCCUCAUAGAAACUACACCUCUGACCUAUUCAAUACCCGUACCACCAUCGGCACUAGCAACAGUACCAGUAAUCUAUAUACACAAAUAUCUCGAGCAACUACAAUUCCAACUCAUCAUCACAUCUCUGCUCAAGCUAAGAAGCAAUCCAUUUCUGAUGAUCCUUUUCGUGUUGUUGAUUCUCAAAUUGAUUUUGCCGAGGAGAAAUUUCCUGAGGCUGCUGAGCUUCUAAGAGAGUUUACUUUCAAAAUUGAUUGUCCGGUCACAGGAAAGCCAAUUAUAACAUUGACUAGAGAGUAUAAUGGUGAAAAGAUUGAAGUCACAGCUUGGAAGUCUGAUUUCUCUGAUGAUGAGCUUUCCAUGAAAAUAACUGUUCGGAAGAAAAGCACACGAAAUUUGACUUUCCAUGUUGAGAGUGAUGCAGAUGGAACUAGAAUCGACCUUUUGACUCUCUUUAAUCCAAAUCCUUCUGAUGAUUAUAUUCAUUAUAGAGACCCUGAUGAUUUCUCGGCUUUUAGUAAGGAACUGCAGGAAGCUUUCUGCACAUAUUUGGAAGUCAGAGGGAUUAAACCUAGCAUUGUCAAAUUCUUAUGUGAAUGCCUGGAUCAGAGAAAGCACACGAAACACACUGAGCAGUUUUAA